AUGGCGGGGAACAAACCUGAAGAGGAUAAAGAAACUGAAAAGUCAGUAGAGAGCACCAGUACCGAAGUGCCAGAUUUAUUAAUUAAACAUCCAUUGAAUAAUUCAUGGUCCUUAUGGUAUUUUGAAAAUGAUAAAAAAAAGACAUGGCUGCAAAAUCUGAAAGAAAUAACUAGUUUUGAUACAGUUGAAGAUUUUUGGAGUGUUUACAAUCACAUAAAAGCAGCCAGUGAAUUGAAGCCAGGGUGUGAUUAUUGCCUUUUUAAAAAAGGUAUUCGUCCAAUGUGGGAAGAUGCUGCCAACAAGCAAGGUGGUAGAUGGUUAAUAAGUCUUGAAAAGAAGCACAGAACUAGUGAGCUAGAUAAUUGUUGGCUUGAAAUUUUAUUAUUAAUGAUUGGAGAAGCUUUUGAAGAGCACACCGAUGAAGUGUGUGGAGCAACUGUCAAUAUUAGGCCAAAAAUGGACAAAAUAGGUCUUUGGACCGCUAAUGCUGACAAAUCUAAGCAAGAUAUAGUGUUAGCCAUCGGGAGAAAAAUCAAAGAAAGGCUUAAGCUUCCUCUCAACCAACCUAUCCAAUAUCAAUCUCACUCUGAUUCAGCCAUUAAAAAUUCUACCGUUAUAAAAAGUACUUACAGUAUAUAA